GAAGCACUACGCUAACAUUGUUAGUAAGUACGGACUGGGAUUCUACGCACGCGAACCUAUUCGGUUAACCUUCUCCAGUAUUAUGCAGAUGCUACGUUAGCUGCUCUAACUUGUGACGGGCUUAGUGUAACUCCAUUUGAUCCAUCUAGCUUUCGCGUCACUCUCGGCAUGAAGCAGCAUCAAUUCUACGUGGGUCAUCCGCCCGUUGCAAUGAGCGUCCACGGCUCCUGGCACCCUCAUCCUUGGGCCAUGCUUCCUUCAUCGCCGUGUUUGUCUCGCCCCUAAACAACAUAUCCACCUUGUCUAGGCGAGAUAGCCCAGUGCCCUCGCAAGGCGCGCGCACGCCAAAACCUCUGUUUCAGAGUCUUUGCAUCAGCAACUUGUCCAAGAUGUCGUCCUCUGCGCCACGUACGAAGAACCCAGUCCCGGACUGGAUCCAAGUCCCGUAUCCGCACGUGGGAGAAUGCAUUAUCUCCUUCCCACGAAAGCAUAUCCUCCUCGUUACAAUCAACCGCCCACAGUUCAUGAACUGUCUACCCGUCGAGACCACGAUCGAAUUAGGUACUCUGUGGAAAUGGUAUGAUAGCGAACCAGAGCUGCGGGCAGCCGUUUUUACUGGCGCAGGCGAACGCGCUUUCUGUGCUGGCAUGGAUUUGAAACAGCGGCUGGACAUCCUCAACACGAACGACGUUGCGCACGAAUACCCUCACGGUGGAUUUGGUGGUAUGACGAACCGAACGGGCAAGAAGCCAAUCAUCAUUGCUUGCAAUGGUCAUGCGCAUGGUGGUGGCAUGGAGAUUGUCUUGAAUGCCGACGUAAUAUUUGCCUCGCCAAAUGCCGAUUUCCGUCUCCCCGAGGUCCUCCGUGGCGUGUCAGCCCUCGCUGGCGCACUCCCAAGAUGCAUGGUACUCUUUGGAAACCAUCGAACCAUGGACCUGGUGCUAACUGGUCGAACGCUGACAUUGAAAGAGGCUGUAGAAUGGGGCCUGGUGAAGGAGGUAGUGCCACAGGAUAAGUUGCUGGAACGGGCGAUCGACUAUGCGGACGAGAUAGCGGCGUUGUGUCCUGAUAGCGUCAUUAUCUCGCGUCUAGCUGCGCGUGAGGCCUGGGAAACCGGCAUCAGCAGAGCCACAAUGAGGGGUCAGGAACUUUGGGCGGAGAAUAUGCUGAAAAGCAAGAAUGCCGCCGAGGGCCUUGCAGCUUACAGAGAAAAAAGGAAGCCAAAGUGGUAUCCGUCGCAUUUAUAGUCAAAAUCCACGUCCCACUUGUUGUAGACUGAAGAGCGAGCAUUGAAUUAACGGCGAUCACA